AUGCACACCUUUCCAACACAUCUCAUCGACGCGUUGCCAACCAUGGCCGCGUCACACAACGCAACACUCCUCGCGGCCAUCACACCCACGACCCUCGACCCACCGUUCUACUACACGUCACGACAGCACCUGUUCGACUGCAUCACAGACCGUAACCUGUCGCUCCUUGCGCCCAUCGCGAUCUACUGGGUCCUCUCGACCAUAUUCCACAUCCUCGACACGAUCGAGCUGCCUUACUUUGAGCGGCACCGUAUCCACCCAAGUGCAGAGGUCACGAAGCGCAACCGCGUGGGCUUCUGGACCGUCGUCAAUGGUGUCAUCUUCCAGCAGGUCGUCCAGACGUGUCUCGGGUUGAUUGUCCUCGACUCGGACGAGACGCUCCUCCGCACAGAGGUCCUGAGGGACCACCUCGCCUCUAUGGCAUGGCUCGCGCCUCGUGUCGCUGAUUUCACGUUCCUCUUCCUCGGCAAGAACGUGGGCAUGACUGUCCUCAACGCGUACGGUGCACGCCUUGUCAACUUUGCGUACUGGUGGGCGAUCCCAUCAUUCCAGCUCUUCGCCGGCUUCUGCAUUAUCGACACGUGGCAGUAUUGGCUGCACCGCACGAUGCACGUUUACCCCACACUGUACAAGAUGUUCCAUUCGCACCACCACCGGCUGUACGUGCCGUUUGCGUUCGGCGCCCUCUACAACCACCCCGUCGAGGGGCUGCUCCUCGACUCUCUUGGUGCGGCGCUUGCGCACAUGGCGACGUUCAUGACGAUCCGCCAGGCGAGUCUCCUCUUCUUCCUGAGCUCGUGGAAGACUGUCGACGACCACUGCGGCUACAAGCUCUGGUGGGACCCGUGUCAGCUCUUCUUCAACAACAACGCCGACUACCACGACAUCCACCACCAGAGCUACGGCAUCAAGGCCAACUUUGCCCAACCGUUCUUCACAAACUGGGACUACUUCCUCGGCACCCAGAUGACGCGCGAACAAGCGCAACAGCGCCACGCCGAGGCAAAGGCACGCGCCGCAAAGAGCCAGUAA